AUGAACGCCACUCUACAGACAGCGCCAACUAUGGUCUGGCCGUCCUCCCAACUUGUCCCACUUCUUCAUCCAUCCACUCCUACCCUGAUGACGACCGAGCUUUCCGCUACUACGCCUGUCUGUUCGAGUGUGCCUCGCCGCAGGCCCACUGGCAACGGUCCUGGUCCAGGUUCUGUCACUGGAUCUCAGAGUACCUCCGCUAUACCGGGUCGUCACUUCAGCCAGUCGCCACUCUCUGCCACCGAGUCACUUUCAGGCUUAGGUACAAAGCCCUCAGGUCACUACCAGCAAAAACAUCAGCAACAACAACUUCGGUCUCAGAAUGCCAGCUCUCCUUGCUCACGCUCAUCAAUGGCUGGGGCUGUGGCCAAUGCUGGUGACCUUGAGGCACCUUCGAGAACAGGAAAUAGGUCUGUAGCGGAGGCUAUUGGUCAGAGGCUAGUUAGUCCAUCUAGGCCUCUCCCGGUCGCUCAAGGUUCUCUUGAACAGAAUGAAGUUGAUCGAUUAGAGGUGAGUCAAUGA